AUUGCCGUCGAGGCACUAUAUUUAGAAGACGUUCCACGUAUAUUACACAACAGAUAUACAUCUUCAGAGGUUAAACAAGUUAUCCACGUCUGUAUACAUUGCUCGCCGCUGGAUUAAAUCGCUGGCACUCUGCUGACCGAAUCUAACGACGCCCCCUACAGAAAAUUCUAACAGUCUGUUGUCGUUUUUAUUUUAGAGGGCGUAGACCACCAGUAAAACACAGUGAGUACCGCUAAAAGUUGAAAUGAACCGAAGUGUUACAAAAGAUAUCUACUACCUGAUGCGCGAUAUCAACAAGCUGUCAGAUGGUCAGGCUAUGGUAGUGAAUUUCCAGGAGCAAGAAAGAACAUUGUUUGUCUCAAUUACACCUAACAGUGGUCUCUAUGGAAACGGACAAUUUAUUUUCAAGAUAUACCUGGCACCGAACUACCCAUCGACUGCACCGGAAGUGACGUGUCUUACCCCAAUUUACCACCCAAAUAUAGAAAACUUGUUGGUUUUCGGUGAAGAUUAUGGUGAGAUAUGUGUGAGCUUGCUGGAUGAAUGGCAAAGCUGUUUCAACCUUGACCAUGUCGUUCAGGCUAUACUUUUUCUUUUCUACCAUCCAAACUUGGAGGACCCAUUCUCUCCAUUAUUUGUCCCUAACAUGGAUUACACCACUUUUGCCAAUUGCGUCAAACUGUCACUAGAGGGCGGUAUAGUGGAUGAUUUCACAUUUCCGAGAAACAGGUGUAAUGAAGAUAGUUCGUCGGCGAACAGUGAUAAUGUAAUAGCCGAAAGAAUUAUGGACUGGAACGACACACAUGUUUGUAGAGAACAGAAUAACGGGGACAUCGACACAACCAAUAAACCCGGAGUGGUAAAAUCAGGAAUAAGAUCCGGAAACAUAACCCCAUCAGUGACUAUAAGUUGA